AUGUUUGAGUCACAAUCCAUCGAGCUUCCUCAGCAUGGCGUGUCUGACAGAAGCCCACAAAAGCACUGUGCAACUUGUCACCAAUCCUCUUCUUCUCCUAAACUAACUUCUCCCUCCCUCGCCGCCGCCGCGCUCCCCCCCUUCUUGAUUUCGAUGGGUUCCCCUUGGGCCGUCGCCGGUGCUCUUCUAGUGGGCUUGCUCAUUUGGCACAAGAAACGACUAUCUGCCCGGGGUGCUCUCCCGCCAGGGCCGCGGCCCCUGCCGAUCCUAGGUAAUAUCCUCGACCUUACUCCGAAGGAGCUUUGGUUGGUGGCUACGACCUGGGCGAAAGAGUUUGGCGAUGUCGUCCAUGUUCAUAUAUUGGGCCAAGGCCUUGUUUUUUUAUCGAGUCCCGAAGCGACGAUGGAUCUGCUGGACAGAAAGGGCUCAAUUUACGGCGACAAGCCGACCCUAGUGAUGGCGGGCGAGCUGUGCGGAUGCGAUGACAUGGUCGCGUUCACGCCUUACGGUGAACAGUCCAAACGACAAAGGCGACUAAUGAACCGGGCCCUCGGCAUGGCCGCCAUUCCUGCCUAUCACCCCUUAAUCGAAACCGAGACCCACUCCUUCAUUCGAAAUCUGGUGGCUUCCCCCUUCAAGUACAUGGAACACAGUCGCCGCUACGCUGGCUCUCUGACGCUGUCCGUUGUGUACGGCUAUGAAGUCGCGGGAACCGACGACAAGUUCUUAACACUCGCCGAGGAAUGCGUGGACAUUCUGGCAAAUAAGAUCUCAUCCGGCGGCGGAAUCUGGCCUGUCGAUAUCUUCCCGGCUCUCAAGCACCUGCCCGCUUGGGCACCAGGGUCGGGCUUUCUCGCCAAAGCGGAUAAAUGGAAGGCGAAGAUGACCGAGUUUGUCGAGCAACCUUACGAGUUCGUCAAAACCAGUUUGAAAUCUGGGCAGUAUGCCCCUUCGUUCUGCUCGAUGCUGCUGGAAGAUGCGAAAACGCCCACGCAGCAAUUCGAAUUCGAUCUCAGAUACACGGCGAACUCGAUGUAUGCGGCCAGCAUGGACACUACCAUCACCACUUUCUGUCAUUUCUUGCUUGCGAUGAUGCUUCAUCCCGAGGUGCUUGCGCGAGCACAGGAGGAGAUUGACCGAGUAGUGGGAUCCGAUAGACUGCCAACCUUUUCUGACCGUGAUUCUUUGCCUUUCGUGGACGCGGUCUUGAAUGAAGUCUAUCGCUGGGGAGUUCCAGUCCCGCUCAGCCUUCCCCAUCGCUUGAUGGAAGACGAUGUCUAUCGGGGAAUGUUCAUACCCAAAGGGUCACUGAUCUUGGCCAACGUGUGGGCGAUUUCUCGGGACGAGGGUCUUUUCCCGAAUGCGUCCGCCUUCCUGCCGGAGCGUUACCUGGAGAAGAUCGACGAUCCCGUCUUGGCUAAACGUCGAGAUCCUCGCAGCUUUGUUUUCGUGCGUCCUCUGGAUUUGGUCGCAGGUAACAUGACUGAUCACGCGUGCCACCUAUCCCAUAUUUACCAGCAUUCCAGACGUUGUCCCGGGGUCAGCCUGGUCGAGUCUUCGAUCUGGAUCCUCCUUGCGAACGCGAUGGCGACAUUAGACAUCUCCAAACCCAAGGAUGAAUUUGGUAAUGUUAUCGAGCCGAAGGUAGACUUCAACAACUCUGUUUUCAGGGUACCGGAUCACUUCCAAUGUGACAUCCGACCCCGGUCUGCGCACACACUAAAGGUGUUGCGUCAAACUGAGACUACACAUUCGUAAAUGCACGCACUGCUGAUAGGCACGGCAUCUCAACCGACUUGUAUAUAUAUAUAUAUAUUGCAGCUUAGUCCUGUUCUCCCGCGCUCGCUAGCCUCUCUCUCUCUCUACAUCCUGCAUUGCAGCAAUCGAUCAAUAAGAUUGACGUCACUCCUUUAGUGCUCCCACGUGAUCGUGAUCAUCCCGCUCUGACCUGUACCACGACCACCAGGUUCAACUACCUUCAAGGUUGCAAGUUCAAAAGGGACCUGCAACAGCAUAACGCCAUGGCUACUUCAUUCAUAGUCGACACGUGUUGCCGCACACGCCUGAGCCUCGUGGUCUGGGUCCUGGGAAUAUGCCGAUAAUCUUCUUCUUUCAUGAUCCUACUUAUCUCACACCUUCUUUCCAUAACGGCGCUCUUUAUCUGCCAAUGAGCAGUAACGCGAUACCCUGGCAGCGCGACCCCUGGCCCAAAUACUCGUACCCGCUAGAUGUGCGCGAUUUGACAGUGCCGUGGAACAACGGGCGGCCUGAUGAGUCACCGGCUAGGAGCAGCGCAAGAUCCGGGGCGACUGAGACGACUCUGGUAGAUAAGGGGACGCUGCUUCAAAGUCCGGGAAGGGUGCGCCGGGGAUUGAAGAGGUUAUUUUCCAGCAGGAGUAGGAAAGCGGCCAAGGAUGCACCACCUUAUCCAGAAAAACCCCAAAUUCCCACACCCGACCCUGGCAUCUUGCCACUCGAUGAGUGGCGACAGUACGCUGCUUGGACACGACCGAUGGUAAAUGGAGUUCUCGUUCAUAACAGCGACACCCCUAGUCCCACCCCGUACCGGGACAUUCCACUCGAGCGCGUGAAUAUCCAGGAAGUGUUCGAGAGCCUGCGUAGUCCAAAUGGGACGCAUCACCCGGAAAACUGGAUCCCUGGACUGCGGCACGUGUCCUUGCCGCGUUCCAAGCCCCCUGGGUGGGAGUUGCCGGCACCCGGUGCUCCGCAGGCCUUCCCUUGGGAAUGCACGCUCAAUCCGCUGUUGGUGCAUUCCCCGGCGGGCGCCGCGCCUCUGCACUGGGACAUCCAGCGAGCGCCGAACUAUCCGCUUUAUGGCGGACCCUGCACCGACGCGAUACCAAUCUUCGAGCAGGAUCUGUGGAUGCCGGCGACGCGGCCGCUGGUGACACACAUGCACAUCACAGGCCUGGCGCUGACCGAUGUGCGAUUUCCGUGGAAAUUCAUGGUCAUCAAUGCUGCUGGGGUGAGGCUUGGGGAUGUUCUGAAGGGCGUCGUGCAGAAUUUCUCGCAGCAUGUAUAUUCGUGGGAGUUUGAUCGUUGGACAGAGGGCAGGAGGGAGAGGGCGCUGGUCGAGUAUUAUCUGCGGAAGGGCAAUGAGUCAGGUGAUGGCAUCAGGCGCAUGGACUAUCUCGGCGGGCAUGUGUUGUUCAGAGGGAUCGCUCCAAAUCCGGAUCGGACUGGAUGGGUACUGUUUAUGGGCACACAGUGGUGAGAGGUGUAACGAAAUUCAAUGUACUUACUAUGUAUCUUAUCUAUCUAAAUUAUUGAUUGCAUCUUAUCUAAAGUUGAUUUCGAGAUCG